AUGGCAAACGACAGGCAAAAGGUUGUCCUGAUUACUGGAUGCUCCUCUGGAAUUGGUUUAAAGCUUGCUAUCCAUCUUGCAAACGAUACCACGAAACAAUUUUAUGUUAUUGCUACCAUGAGAAAUUUAAACAGGAAAGGGCAGCUGGAAGCAGCUGCUGGAGAUACUCUAAACAAGACGUUACACAUCAGACAGCUUGAUGUCUGCAGUGAUGAGUCAGUGGCAGAAUGCCUCAAUAGUAUUCAAGAUAAAAGAGUUGAUAUACUAGUAAAUAAUGCAGGUAUUGGAAAGAUUGGCCCAAUAGAAAGUCUCAGCAUCCAGGAAAUGAAGAGUAUAUUCGACACAAACUUUUUUGGAGCUGUUCGGAUGAUCAAGGCUGUGCUGCCAGACAUGAAGCAGAGAAAGAGUGGGCAUAUUGUUAUGAUGAGCAGUGUGAUGGGACUCCAAGGAGUUGUAUUCAAUGAUGUCUAUGCUGCCUCUAAGUUUGCCAUGGAAGGAUUUUGUGAAAGUCUUGUGGUCCAGCUUCUUAAGUUCAAUAUAUAUGUUUCAAUGAUAGAACCUGGUCCAGUAAACACGGAAUUUGAAAUGAAACUCAUGGAAGAAGUGUCACAUUCCACAUUUCCAGGAACAGACUCAGAGACAGUCCAGUAUUUUAAAGAUAUCUACCUCCCGGCAUCACAUGACAUCUUUGCCACAAUGGGACAGACUCCAGAUACAAUUGCUAAGGCAACCGUCAAAGUGAUAAAAAUGGAACGGCCAGUAUUUCGUUACCAAACCAAUACACUUUAUACACCACUGACUGCAAUGAAGUACGCUGACAAUACAGGAAAUAUGUCAAUCCGAAUGUUUUACAACUUACUUUUUAAUUAUGGAACUUUCUUUAAAAUAAGUUUAAACUGCCUCAGAAUUAUAACAUGCAACUGCUUCCGCAGUGGUGCUGUUUCACCAAACUGA